AUGAGACAGAAUAUUUCAUGGCAAGCUCUUAGCGAGGCAUAUAGUAAGGCUGUCGAAAACAUCAAGACCAAAGAACCGCAAGCCAUGGCCCAAUACUUGAAGGAGCUGGCCGAACGGAAUGGUCCUAUCGAAGAAGCUAAGGCCAAAGAGGAACAGAAAAGGCUACGAGAAGAACAGGCCGCUAAAAAGCGAACCGCUGAAGACAACAAGCAGACCGACGGUGACAAGAAGCAGACCGACGGUGACAAGAAGCAGACCGACGGUGACAAGAAGCAGACCGACGGUGACAAGAAGCAGACCGACGGUGACAAGAAGGCAACUGACGACCUGGACACCGCUAUGGACGAAGAGCCGACGGUGAGUACAGCUCCUGUCCGUCGUCUGCAGGAUAUCAGUGAAUUCAGUGUCCUGAGUUUAAAAUGGCUGCACCUCCUGGCUCUGUUUGCAUUGGUCGACGACUACUUGGCUGCGGCUGCAGCCACGGCGAGUGCAGUGGACAAGAGGCCCACACACUCUGCGGACACGGCCAUGCUUGUUGAGAGGCCAACGGUGAGUGCGGUUCAGGGCUGGCUGGGGUCAGUGGGGUUACCGGUAUGUCGUUUAUGCCUGAAAUUGAUUCAUAGCAGCAAGGAGGCCUCCAGCGACACUUUGGACUCGAAGAUUUACUUUGCAAUAUCGCGAGUCUAUACUUUGAGUGGACGUGAAGAAGACCUGUGCGAACUUUUUUUACAGGAGUAUCGCUCGGCUGUGUUAGCGCGGCAUCAACUCUGCAUUGCGACACUCAUCAACCAGCUCACACAGAGCUAUCUCGCCACAGGUCAAUACAGUGCCGCUCUUCAAUUCACGACCCUAAGUCAGUUCCCUGAGGACAUUCGUAGCACCCCACAGAUUGUGCGCUGUCUCUACAAUCUCGGUCGCAUACAGGCCAUCCGUCUCGAAUAUGCUAGUGCCCUCGAAAAGCUCCGUGCAGCUAUCAACAAACUCCCUAGCCAUGCUGACUAUGCCUUCGGCUUCCGUCUCCAGGCUUGCAAAUACGCUAUCGUUGUCGAACUCCUUCUUGGCGACAUACCUGCUAUACAAAUCUUCCAAACGCCUCAACUCGGACCGAAGCUCGACUGCUACAAACAACUCGUCCUCGCCGUCCGCCAUGGCGACAUGAUCAAGUUCAAUCACGUCCUCACCGAAAGCACCGAAACCUUCCGCAAAGACGGAACACUCUUCCUCGUCGAAAGACUCCACCACUCCGUCAUUCGCGUCGGACUCAGAAAAAUCAACCUCGCGUACAAAAGAAUCAAGCUCGAAGAUAUCGCUAAAAUACUUCACAUACAAUCCGUUCCUGACACCGAAUCCGUCGUGGCCAAAGCCAUCGUGGACGGAGUUGUCAAUGGCUAUAUAGACAGAGACCUCAAAUGCCUCGUCUCCAAG